CGCUACCAACACAACCUACAUUUACGCUCCCGAUUAUAUCGAGAAAUGCGACUCCCUUUCCAAAAUCUCCCGGCGGGCUAGUAUGGUCCACUCACUGAUUGCCUCCUAUGGAUUGCUGAAAUACAUGAGGUGCUGCUCGAGCUGCUGAAUUCCUUUGGUAGAUUGUUUGUUGCUACGGAAGGGUCUUCCUCACAACUUCCUAUAACUGUUUCUCAAAAUCUUAUCUGUAUCCUUGUAUCAUCAGGGUUGUCAAACCCCGAAUAGCUUCAAUGGAGGAAAUGGCAAUGUUCCAUACAGAUGCUUACCUGGAACACUUACAGAAAAUCAGUGAAGAUGGUGAUGAUGAUGACCCUGAAUCUGUAGAGUAUGGACUAGGUUAUGACUGCCCUGCAACAGAAGGAGUGUUUGAUUAUGCUGCAGCUGUAGCUGGAGCCACUCUUACAGCGGCCCAGUGCUUGAUGGACAAAAAAUAUCAAGUAGCAAUAAAUUGGCCUGGGGGAUGGCAUCAUGCAAAAAAGGACGAAGCAUCUGGGUUUUGUUAUCUGAAUGAUGCUGUGCUUGGCAUUCUAAAACUGCGAAAAAAGUUUGAUCGAGUUUUAUACAUAGAUAUGGACCUACAUCAUGGUGAUGGUGUCGAAGAUGCAUUCAGCUUUACAUCAAAAGUAAUGACUGUAUCUUUUCACAAGUAUUCCCCUGGAUUUUUCCCAGGGACAGGAGAUGUGACAGAUAUUGGAAUGGGGAAGGGAAGAUAUUACACUGUUAAUGUCCCAUUGCAAGAUGGCAUUCAAGAUAACCGGUACUACCAUAUAUGUGAAAGUGUCUUGAAAGAGGUUUAUGUUUCAUUUAACCCUGAAGCAGUAGUCUGUCAGCUAGGAGCAGACACUAUGGCUGGGGAUCCCAUGUGCUCCUUUAACAUGACACCAGUAGGAGUGGGAAAGUGCCUGCGUUACAUACUGAACUGGGAGUUACCAACUCUGAUCUUAGGAGGAGGGGGCUAUAACCACGCUAAUACAGCCCGGUGCUGGACAUACCUCACUGCCAUUAUCCUCGGAAAAACUCUGUCUUCAGAAAUUCCUGAUCAUGAGUAUUUUACAGAGUAUGGGCCUGAUUAUGUACUAGAAAUCACACAAAGCUGCAGAACUGAUCAGAAUGAUCCCCAGCGGAUUGAACAGUUACUCAAUACGAUCCGAGGAAAUCUGAAGAAUGUAAUUUAAUAUUUGAAUGGGAAUGAGCGGAAGGCUGCAAAACCUUUUAACUGCGUGCAGUCUGUGCCUGCUGUAGCUGCAGGGGAGACAUGGGUCAAAAUUACUUGCAAGUUCCAGGACAACAGAUGUUCAUUGAAACUUGAAGAUUCAGUUAACACUUUAAGGGGAAAAGACCUUGAAUAUUCCAAAAUUGUCAUAUCUUAUUGUGUUUGCUUAUUUUGUUAAUCUCAUGUUGUAAAUAUAUUUUUAUUUGAUCUUAAUUGCUUCUUUGUAAUGUGACCUUCAGUGGAGUUGCAGUUUAAUUUCUGGUUGGCCAAGGAAUUUGUCAAUUACAUUUUCAGGAAUUCAAUUAACAUUUUAGGCUUAUUGUGAAAGCAUUUAUUUAAUCAAUUUCAUCUGCUGUUGAAAAAUUGCAAAAAAAGACUUUUCAAAAUGUAACAUAUCAAUUUAACAUUUUAAUGCUCCGCUGCACUGUUCUUCAUGACAUUUUUCUUGGCUAAAUUUUCAGUGGAGUUCAGGGUCUCAAACAAAGUUGGUAGCAAGGAAAUAUACAAGGGAGCCUCUCCCACUCAAGAAGUAAGACUGGUUGGAAGAUGGUGUGCGGGUUGGGGGUCCCUGCUGUCGCAGGAAUGGACCACAAUACCUGGAGAAGGUGUACGCUUCAUAAAGCCAUUUGUUAGAACAGGAUUGGAAUGAAUCCUAUAAAAGAAGUUAAAGUUGGUCCUUUACUGUGGAUACCACCUCCAUAAGUUGAUCCUUCUUUCCUCAUUGUUUUCUUUGGAGUUUUUUUUACGGUGGGGCUUUCUGUAAAAAUGUCAUAUUUAAAUUCUCUGGUCUUCCUUUGUGAGGGAGUUGCUCCUAGAUACCAUAGAAUUGGGUUUCUCUGUAUGACAAGAGUGCCCCAGACAUUCAAAGAUGUCUGACAUCUUUGAACUCAAACAGUCUCAAUAUGUCCUGUUUAAAUGUUACAUGGAUGGAGGUUUGAAAAAUGUUGCAGUUGCUGUAGAAAUCUUGGACUAGAAUUCUACCAUCAUUGCUGUUAGCAAUUUGAUGUCCACAAAUUAGUGAAAGUGUUUAUAAGCUUAACAUGUGGCAUGUCAGGACAAGAGUUAGAAAUUCCUGUGCUCUUGGAUGAAUGCCAGAUCUCACUCUAAAACUUUUUUUUAAAAAAGAUAUCAAUAUUACAAUCUAACCAUUUGAAAUUAUGAAUAGUGUCCUUAACUUAAAGUAUUUAAAAACUGUGUUGUUGAUAUCAUGAGGGAAUUUGAUGGAAAAUUACUGUAUGAUGAAACAAAAUGAUCAUUGGGAACAAUAAGGUAGCUAACUAGCAGGCUACUUUGGGCCAUACAAAGCAUGGAAGCUUUGCUAGAUUAGGCAGUUCAUUUAUAAUGUGGAUGUAAAAUGGUAUAAUGUGAGCCAUUUUCAUAUUUCGCCAAGGCAUGCUACUGUUGCAAAUGCCCAGUCUCCAAAUCCAAAAAUAAACUGCCCAAGAUUUACUGAAACUGGCUGUCAGGGAGACCCAUUCUUUUGUUUCUUCCCAUUAUGUGAUCUUGGGGAAUUCUGAUAAGUUGAAUUGCUGCUUGUAGUUUACAACAUAUAUUAAUGGCAUUGAAAACCGGCUCCACUUAUGUGGAUUUAAGUGUGACGUGAUAGCAACUAUGGUCACUGAGUACUGCCUGGCAAGUGUCACUCAACCCAACAACAGUAAAGAACCAAAAUUGCCUAAAGAGAUACUAUUUUAACCACUGGUUGUUUGCUGGUAUUGAUCCUAAUAAUUUGGGUGGGCUAUGCUCCAUGGUGGGCACAGAGUUAGAUAACACAGUAGUUAUUGUCCCACCUUCUGUUGAAGUAAAACACCUUCAAACAUCAGUCAUGGUGAGUCCUCUAAUCACAUUCAAAUCUAGACUGCUUUUCUUAAGUAUGUCGUCAACUCUCACCAUUUGAACAUUUUCAGAAAAAUUAUUUUUUCUGGAGUUCUGCUGAUGUACAGCUACACUCCAUUUGUCUAAAGUAUUUCAUAUAAAUAGAGAAGACAACAGAAAAUGCAAGCAAGUUGUUUUUGUUUGCACUUGCAUUGAAAAGUGUUUUGUCAAUUAAAAAUGUUUCUGUGCUUCUCACUGUUGGAAUGCAAUGACUAGUUAUUUUUAGGCAAGCGUGACAAUCUUCAAUAUACAGGUAUUAGAUGAUCAGUUUUUGCUAACAUUACUUGAGGAGGGAAUUAGGGUGCAAUCAAGGUAACUGAGACAGAAUUAAAUCCAAAAGAGCAGUGGAUAAUUAAUUGCAACACCAAUAGAGUUAAAGAUGGCUGAAGAGAGCAGAUAAGACAAUAAAUUAAAUGAGAGAAAGAAAAAUGAAAAAGAAAAUUAGACACCUUUCAUUUCUGAUUUUACGUACACCAUAAUUCUUCUGGUGACAUGACUGUGUUGGGAUUAACUCAUGUAGGGGAUUCAAUCCAGCUUGGAACUCGUGGAAUUGGUUUUUGGACCCCAAUUCCUAAAUGUUCAUAAUUUUCUGCCCCUUUAAUGCUCAAUGCAGGGAUCACACUCACUAAAUCAUUCCUAUGAAAUUCCUUAUUUAUUAAAGUGAGAAACAAUCCCUUGUGUGGCAUUGCUAUAGGUUAUGUGUAGAUGUUAAUGAAGCAAUUCAUUUUUAACAAUUCAUUCAAUUGCCAGCAUCAGCCUGUUGGUUUUAAUUUUAUUUAAACCAAGUUCAAUUUAAAUGGGUCUUAAACAUAAAGUUGUAAUUAUACCUCAGCCUUAGGAGUUUAGCAAUUUAUCAAUGUUAAGAGUUGAAAUCAAAUGGUAUUUUUUACAUUGUUCCUGUUACUGUUUCUCAUUUUUGCAGACUUAUGGUAAUCAGAAAAUGUAGAAUAAAUAGUCAUUAAUAAAAAAAUUUAA